AUGGAAUCAAGACCAUCAGGGAAUUCGAAGAAACUGAGAGAUAAAAUUAGUGAAAAGCUAGAAGAGUAUGGAGAAGCUAUAGCAAAUGAAGAUUUGCUUGACUAUAUUAUGCUGAUCUCUACAAAAUGUAGGAAGACCAAAGAGCAGCUCUUGGUAAUAUUGAGGGAAUUUUUUGAAGAUCAAACUGAAGAGUUCGUUGACUGGCUGAGAAAUAUGGCUGCAUGCAUUUUUCUGAAAUUUUUUUACAGAUUAUAUAUGCAGAAUGGCAAUUUUUCCAAUUUUCAAUAGUCAAAAUUUGCUUGACAAAAAAAUGUAAUUUUUCUGGGAAAAAAAUUCUACAGAAAUUAUUAUUACAGAGCAAAAACUACCUAUUAAAGAAAUAUUAGUUUUUCUACUGAAAAGAAGAAAAAAUGCAAAUUCUGGCCUAACUGCCCAGACGAAGAAGAAUGCUCAUACUUUCAUCCCCACGAACAAGUAGCCUCUACAUAGUGUCCAAGAUGGCCAAAGUGCAAAUUCGGAGCUCAGUGUUUAUUCAUCCACCCAACAGUAUUCCUUAUAUUCUAGAUUGCAUGUAAAUUCGGCGAAAACUGCUCAAGACCUAACUGUGCAUAUGACCAUCCUCAUAAAAAGCAGAAACAUAAUGAUAAUAACUAA